AUGUCUUCCACAUCGAACAUUGUUCCUCCUGAGAAAACGGGCAAGCCUGGCCGCCCCCCAGUGUAUGCCAGAGAUUCAAUAACCAACAAGCCAAUCCGGCCCGCUGGAGCGCCAAAGCAGAAAUAUAGCGCUCGAAAGAAGGCCGGGACUGGAGAGGCAGUCCAAAAGGCGACAGUUUCAGCACCGAAACGAAAGAACACGGCUGAUGCCCCCGACAUGCAAGCAGGGUCCUCGAAGAAGCAAAAGUGCAAAGACCCGGAGAUUGGUCAGGAAAGGGCUGGAUCCACUCUUGAGGAUCUUGAGAGGAACGAAGAGGAAUCUGAAGGGGGACCCCCGCGCUCUCCCACCCCGGAAAUCAUUUCAAUCACCGCCAACACCAUCUUCCUCGACACGCUUGAUCACUCCUGCUUCAAGCCUUGUACUGACGAGUUCUGGGCUGUCAUGUACAGCAAAGAGGGAAAAGGAAGGGCACCUUACGAUGCGAUUAAAUGGACCACGCAUCCUAGGCACGUCAGGGAGGCAGCCGGUCUGAUGAAGGCCAUGAGGCCGCAGUUUUGUGAGUGGAUGGAGAAGGAUUGGUGGCCUGAGGAGAUGAAGAGGCUGGCGAGCGAGAACGUGCAGAAGAUGUUGGAUGAGGCCUGGGGACACAGGGCGCCAGAUCAGGAGAUGGUGACAGAGCCGAAAUGGGAACUCCUUGAGAUCCCUUUCGAGCUGUCGUGCGAGUUGUAG